CAGUUUCUGCCCAUCAACACGUAGCAAAGCCAGUCCCAAUCCACCCACGGAUCCAUGCUCGCCACACGCACCGCACUUCUUCAACGGCUCAAAUUCGUAGCUGCCAGGAGAUUCUCGGCAGUGGUUUGUUUGGCCUUGAUUCUAUUUUCCGCGUCGCACCUAGGCAAGUCGCAUCUCGACUCUGCGAUCCGCACAUUGGGUGGUCGUCCUCCGGAGUCAUAUGGCACUAAUAAGUGCUCAAAAGUGGCCUUGGUUUUCUCUGGCUACCUUCGAACAGUCCGAUCUACAGCGCCCUUCUGGCGGCGUUACGCUUUGGACGAUCCAGUACAACCAUCGAUGGACGUUUUCUACUUUGGUCCACACCGCUUUUGGGAUGAUGACGGACCUGAUUCUGAGCUAGUCACAUUGCAAGUGCUUGAAUCUUUCUUUGGGAACGGCAAAGUCAAGGGUUUGGGGACCUACAUACAGAAUAUGGCGCAGACGCAAGCCAUGUUGGCGGAACACGGUAUCCCGGAAGUCGUACCCUUUUACUUAUCCGACGGUCGUUUCAUUGCGAAUCAGUUUGCCUCUCGCCAUCUGGAACAGUUCAGAUCCUGGAUAACAGCCAUCCGGCUCGCUGUCGACCAUGCCCUCACCCAAUGCGGCGAGCCGUACACCCAUCUUCUCAUAACAAGAGGGGACGUGUUGCCUUAUCAUUUUUUCCGACUUCCACGGAGUUCCGAGGAUAUCGUACUUUACGAAAUUGGCUCUGGAGCCCACCCUCGCCGCGCGUACCAUGCCGGCUUUCUGUUCGGGUUGGAUCAUCGCGCCAACACCUCCCGUCAGUUUAACGACCAAUUUGUCUGGAUUCCAUUCUCAGUGGCACAGAAUAUCAGGCCGGGACUGGAUGAUUUGCUCAACAUGUGGUCGCGAAACGAAAGUCUGCCAAACCCAGAGACUAGCAUGCACGAUCUGCUUGUGCGGGCGGGAGCCAAAACGGUGAUCGGUUACGAUAUGGCGCCAAUGACAAUCCUUCGCCGUCAUGAAUCUCCCGAGGAACUUUCAAAUGUCGAGCCGAAAUUCAAAAAAGCAGAUGAUACAGUGGGAAAGGUCCCAUACGGAUGGGACCUUGAAAGAAGCCGGCGGGGAUAGCGGUCUGCCAUAUCUGGCUGUGGCAGUAUACAUUAUGCUAUGUAACUUGUUACAUUAUUAAGACGAUGUUCGUAAUUAAUACUGUGGCUAUACAAUAACAAGCAAACGCCAACUCUCCGG